GUUGGAAGUGGUGGCGUGCGGACGUGCUCGAGUGUGCUCGUGAACUUAUUAGUUUUAUCUGGUGAUUACUUUUAAUUAAAGUAUUAUAGGUGUAUUAAGCCGCCGCACAACUAACUGGCAAGAAAAAGAGAAGCGUCCUCCAAGAUGGCGGACGAUGAGCAAUUUUCGUUAUGUUGGAACAAUUUCAACUCAAACCUAUCGGCCGGAUUCCAUGACUCCCUCGUACAGGGCGACCUGGUGGAUGUGACGCUAGCCGCCGAGGGCCAUUUAGUGAAGGCGCAUCGUCUCAUUUUGUCAGUUUGCUCGCCCUACUUUCGGAAAAUGUUUAUGCAAAUGCCCGUUAACCAGCAUGCAUUCAUUUUCCUUAAAGACGUGAGCCACUCAGUCCUGAAGGAUCUCAUACAGUUUAUGUACUGCGGGGAGGUGAAUGUGAAGCAGGAAGCCUUGCCCGGUUUCAUCAGCACUGCUGAAGCAUUACAAAUUAAGGGGCUGACAGAAACGGGAGACAGCGCACCACCACAAGCAUCCCCAGCCAAAGAAAUACCCUCCACACCGGCCCCGGUGAGCAUUUCAACCGCCAACACUGUGCCACCUCGUGGCAAAUCACAGCGCACUCGAGUUCAGUCAUUCAAACUUGAAUCCGAAGAAAGUGGUGACGAUAAAAUAGUACAAAUUCAAACACCCGCCUCGCACCACCAUUCCGCGUCGGCAUCUCAGCAGGUGCAACAAGUUCAGCAGUUGCACGUAGCCAGCGGUCAGAAGCGAGUGCUCGGUCAGCGUCAUGUGCAAGCGAGUCAGAUCACAAAGCGGGCAAAAAUAUCGCUCAGCAGUGCCGAUGUGCUCGAUCCCUCGGACAAUACUACACAAAUCCAGACUGUACAAAUCAUCAAGCAAUUGCCAUCCCAGCCCGCCGAACCAGAAUAUGUUGAUCUGGCUAUGGAAGCAAUAAACGCGAAACCUGAACCAGACUACGCUGAGGAACCGGCCGAGAUCGAAACAGUGGAGGCAGAAACGGAACAGGAUCAAUCACUAACGGAAAACGAACAGACGGCCGAUCAGGAACAGGAACAUGGAGACGACGGUGACCAAUACGUUGACGAUGACGCAUAUGGAGAGCUUUCCAAAUAUGAGGAAUCUUACUUCACUGAGGCCGAAGACGCAAAACCUGGAGCAUCUGGAUUUGGAGAAUCAUACGCAUCGGACGGCACUAGCAACGAACAGACAUCACAAGAAACACAAUUUGGCAAAGUUAAACGGCUUAAUCCCAUUCCUGACCAACGGCUAAAGCAAAUAGCACGCGAACGAUGCAAUUAUAUUGUAAUACAGACACGUCAAGACGAGGAAGAGAGUGGGGAACACAUGUUAAAGGAAGAGUCGGUGAAACCCGAAAUUUCUGUCGCCAAGAGAGCUUCUGGACGGAAAAGCAGUCGUAGCUCACAGCUACAACAGAGUGAAGGACGGCAAAAUGAUGAGGAUAGCGUUCGCAAAAUGCAAAUAGCGUCGAAAAGUUGUAAAAUGAAAACGGAACCGCCUCCACAGAUGGUAGAUGAUGUAGAAUCGGGCAGCAGUAAACUGCAGUACAUUUACGGCAGAGUCAAAUCCGGCAGACAGCUGUAUGAAGACUCCGUUUCGGAACAUGAAGUUCAAUCAAAACCGCCUUGGUCACAUACGCAUUACAAACAAUCCCAGCGUAUCUUCAAAUGGCAUUACAAACAAUCCCAGCGUAGUGGCAAGGAAUUGCUAGUUAUCAAUGGUAUAACGUUUUUCCGUAAUCGCCAGCGGAACAACAAACAGUACUGGAAAUGCAACCAGUACUACAAGUGUAAGUGCCCAUGCAUGGCUAUCGUAGACGACAAGAUACCAGAGGAAAUCAGAAUGAAACAUAAUCACAACCACGAUGUCCCUUUAACGAGCUAUGGCGGAAAACAUUGAAGAAGUUAUAUGGACAUGGACCAGGACAACUAGGAUAUUUGCUUUGACAAACCGUAAGAAAGGACUCUUAAUCGCACGUAUCGUUUCACUUGCCCUACCCAACCAUUGUGAAUGCUGCCUUCCAGUAUAUUCUUUACAGCCUAAAGUGACGUGAGCUAUUUCAUUACUAUAGUGGCCACUAAGAAUGGGUGUCGCAUAUAGUGCCGUUAUUGGGGGGCAUAUAGUGUCGGUAUUGGUAACAUCAGUGCGACACAGCAGGAAUUCGGCGAUAUUUUCAGUAGUGUUGUAAUAAGAGAAAGAAAUGAACAAGAU